AUGAGCGAAGAGCCCAAGACGAGUGCUCUGGAGGAUGUCCUCUUUGGCAGUGUCGCUGGUAUGGUCGCCAAGGUGUUCGAGCACCCUUUUGACUUGAUAAAAGUCCGCCUUCAAUCACAACCCACAGAUCGUGCUCUGCAAUUUACUGGACCUCUUGAUUGUUUCAAGCAGACGUACAGCAGAGAGGGAUGGAGAGGUCUAUACCGCGGUAUAUCUGCUCCUAUAGUAGGGGCUGCUUGUGAGAAUGCUACGCUGUUCUUGGCAUACAAGAAGUGCAAAGAGACGAUCAUCCUGUUACGGCAUGGCGGAGAGGGUAGCCAGGGUCUUGAGCUAGACAUGCAGGAGACAGCCAUUGCUGCUGCUGGUGCUGGUACUAUUGCGAGCUUUGUAUUGACUCCUAUCGAGCUGAUCAAAUGUCGGAUGCAAGUACAAAUGCUGGCGCGCGAAGGAGCGUUGGGUGGAACUCCUUCCACCUCAGCUCCUGUUCCUGGCAUUCACCCCUUCGCCACUACUCCCAACACCACGAUUUCUCAUACAGCCGCCGCUCCCCGCUUGUCCUCCCCUCUUGGCCCUGUCGCGUUGAUAUUCGACACUAUCCGUCAAUCUGGCGUUCGUGGUCUUUGGCUGGGACAAACGGGCACUCUGCUUCGCGAGACCGGCGGCUCGGCUGCUUGGUUCUCUGCGUACGAGUAUGGUGCGAGGCACUUCAUCCGUCGACACCAGAAAAAGAUUGGCAGUGCGAGAAAGGCUACCAAAGCCGACUUAACCGGCCUCGAGCUCAUGGCGUCAGGCGCUUUCGCGGGAGUAUCAUACAACGUGAUCCUUUUCCCCGCAGACAGCAUCAAAUCGACGAUGCAGACGUCAGCUGAACUCAAUCCUCACAAGGCGCCUCCAGGAUUCUUUCCUACUGCGAAAGAUAUCUGGAGAGCGCGGGGUAUCCGGGGCUUGUAUGCCGGGUGUGGAUUGACAGUGCUGAGAUCAGCGCCGAGUUCAGCAAUGAUAUUUUACAUCUACACCCGACUAGAAAGCGAAUUUGGGGGUUUCUUGGGAUAA